GUACGGAACGCGGCCGCAGCCUUUCUGGUUCCUGUCUCCGUCAUAUAUCGGGGCUCCCUGUCGGACACAGUGCCUUACCAGCCGCCUUAGCCAACUUUGAAACAAAGUUACUCCCCACAGCCGGACUGUUUGACACGCAGAAGAGAACGCGUCCCACCAGCGGGGAGUGAACAAACAUGCCUGCGGUUUCUAAAGGGGACGGGAUGCGUGGCCUGGCCGUGUUCAUUUCGGACAUCAGGAACUGUAAAAGUAAAGAGGCCGAGGUUAAGAGGAUAAACAAAGAACUGGCCAAUAUCCGCUCCAAAUUUAAAGGAGACAAGGCUCUAGACGGCUACAGUAAAAAAAAGUAUGUCUGCAAGCUGCUCUUUAUCUUCCUUCUGGGCCAUGACAUCGACUUCGGACACAUGGAGGCCGUCAAUCUCCUCAGCUCCAACAAGUACACAGAGAAACAAAUUGGUUACCUGUUCAUCUCCGUGCUGGUGAACUCAAACAGCGACCUGAUCCGUCUGAUCAACAACGGCAUCAAGAAUGACCUCACCAGCCGCAACCCGACCUUCAUGAACCUGGCCCUGCACUGCAUUGCUAAUGUGGGCAGCAGAGAAAUGGCCGAGGCUUUUGCGUCUCAAAUCCCCAGCAUCUUGGUGGCAGGGGACACGAUGGACAGCGUAAAGCAGAGUGCGGCGCUGUGUCUGCUACGGCUCAACAGGACGUCCCCUGACCUAGUUCCCAUGGGUGAAUGGACGGCACGAGUGGUCCAUCUACUCAAUGAUCAGCACCUGGGAGUGGUGACCGCGGCCGCCAGCCUCAUUACCACUCUAGCCCAGAAGAGUCCCGAGGACUUCAAAACCUCCAUCUCACUGGCGGUGGCCAGGCUCAGCAGGAUCGUGACCUCGGCGUCCAUCGACCUCCAGGACUACACGUACUACUUUGUUGCCGCGCCGUGGUUGUCCGUCAAAUUGCUGCGCCUGCUGCAGUGCUACACUCCACCCGAGGAUGCGGCUCUGCGAAGCCGUCUGACGGAGUGUCUGGAGACCAUCCUCAACAAAGCUCAGGAGCCGCCCAAGUCAAAGAAGGUUCAGCACUCCAACGCGAAGAACGCCGUGCUGUUUGAAGCCAUCGCCCUCAUCAUCCACCACGACAGCGAGCCCACCCUGCUGGUACGAGCCUGCAACCAACUGGGCCAGUUCCUGCAGCACAGGGAGACUAAUCUCCGUUAUUUGGCUUUGGAGAGCAUGUGCACGCUGGCCAGCUCUGAGUUCUCCCAUGAGGCGGUGAAGACGCACAUAGACACCGUGAUCAACGCUCUGAAGACGGAGCGAGACGUGAGUGUUCGCCAGCGGGCUGUAGACCUGCUCUAUGCCAUGUGCGACCGCAGCAACGCCAAGCAGAUCGUGGCGGAGAUGCUGAGCUACCUGGAGAACGCCGACUACUCGAUCCGAGAGGAGAUAGUGCUUAAGGUGGCGAUCCUGGCAGAGAAGUACGCUGUGGACUACACCUGGUACGUGGACACCAUUCUCAACCUCAUCCGCAUGGCCGGCGACCACGUCAGCGAGGAGGUGUGGUACCGCGUCAUCCAGAUUGUCAUAAACCGAGACGAAGUCCAGGGCUACGCUGCCAAGACUGUCUUUGAGGCGCUGCAGGCUCCCGCCUGCCACGAGAACCUGGUCAAGGUGGGGGGUUACAUCCUGGGAGAGUUUGGCAACCUUAUUGCGGGUGACUCGCGCUCCAGCCCUCUGGUCCAGUUUGACCUCCUCCACUCCAAGUUCCACCUGUGCUCCGUGCCGACUCGGGCGCUGCUGCUGUCGGCCUACAUCAAGUUCAUCAACUUGUUUCCCGAAGUGAAGACCACAAUCCAGGAGGUCCUGCGCUCCGACAGCCAGCUUCGCAACGCCGACGUGGAACUCCAGCAGAGAGCCAUCGAGUACCUGAGGCUCAGCUGCAUUGCCAGCACCGACAUAUUGGCCACGGUCCUAGAAGAAAUGCCCCCAUUCCCAGAGAGAGAGUCGUCGAUCCUGGCGAAGCUGAAGAGGAAGAAGGGCCCUGGCAUCCUGCCCGACAUCGACGACACCCGAUGGAACGGGAACGGCAACGUCGAGCACAGCGAGAGCGUUGAAGGCACGAACAAGUCUUCUCCUUCACUGAUGGCAGACCUUCUCCCCACCAACAGACCCCGCCCUUCCUCCUCUAGUCCCACCAUGCUCUCUGCUGGGACCAUGGGUUCCGCCCACCCCUUCACAGACCUGCUAAAUCUAAACUCUGCCCCUUCAGCCGGAGCCAGUCUGCUGGUUGACGUCUUGUCCGACAGCUUCAGCCCUGCAUCCCAAGAUGUGUCUGACGAAAACUUCUCCAGGUUUGUUUGUAAGAACAACGGCGUUAUCUUUGAGAACCAGCUGUUGCAGAUUGGACUGAAGUCUGAGUACAGGCAGAACCUGGGUCGCAUCUACGUGUUCUUCGGCAACAAGACCUCCACCCAGUUCCUCAGCUUCUCCUCAUCGGUCAUCAGUAGUGACUCUCUCAAGACUCAGCUGAAUAUCCACGCCAAGGCGGUCGACCCCACGGUAGAAGGCGGGGCUCAGCUCCAGCAGAUCCUCAACAUCGAGUGCGUGUCGGACUUCACAGAUGCACCGGUGCUCGACAUCCAGUUCAGAUACGGUGGAGCUCUUCAGAACAUUGCUGUGAAACUCCCCGUGAUGCUCAACAAGUUUUUCCAGCCCACAGAGAUGAAGUCCCAAGACUUCUUCCAGCGCUGGAAACAGCUCGGAGUUCCUCAGCAAGAGGUUCAGACAAUCUUCAAAGCCAAACACCCGAUGGACACGGAUGUGACCAAUGCCAAGAUCUUAGGUUUUGGUGUCGCUCUGCUGGACGGGGUAGAUCCCAAUCCAGCCAACUUUGUCGGAUCCGGAGUCAUUCACACUAAGAGCACUCAGGUGGGCUGCCUCCUCAGACUGGAGCCCAACGCACAAGCAGAGAUGUACCGUCUCACCCUCCGGACCAGCAGGGAGUCCGUGUCUCAGCGACUGUGUGACCUCCUCUCUGACCAGUUUUAGACUUGACGCAGCACCAGUAUUUCUACACUUUUCACUCUCCGAGUCUCUCUUUAGAUAGAAUUGAUGUAUUGUACAGUGUAAAUUCUUUUUCUUUUUUUUUAUUUGACUAAAUCCACAUGUAAAUGAAGUGAAAUGUAUUUUCCGCUCAUAACUUUACUAAUAUAUCACUGCUUUAAACCUGCCUUGUGUAAACACACUGAGCACCUUAGCCGAGAUGUUGCGGACAGUAAAAAAAAAAAAAAAGGCUCAGAAUGCUUUUCGGCAGCGUUCCUCCGCUCCACAGUUCUGAAAAUCGUGUGUUUUAUUUAUCGGAUACUGCCUUUCACGUUCAGACGUUUUGAAGAGUUUGCAUGGAAGCAUUAUUGAGAUUGAGUUAGUUGAAUGUCUCAGUAGCUUUGUAAGCUUACCAGUGAUCUCAGUUGGCCUUUCUAUGACACCUUUGUGUUCAACAAAAAAAAAACAAAGAUGCACCGAACUGGGAAGCUUUCCUCAACUUCUCGACCAUUUUGCACUCGAUAUCAAAAUAAAAUAAAUAAAUAAAAAGGUAUCACAAGUAGAGCUACGGAAAGAGAAUGGAGCAAGAACAAAAAAUAAAUCCUUUGAUCCGUUUUCUAAGUCUGCUCUAAAUAGUUCUCUCCUUUGCUUGAAAAAAUAGUUUUGUCCAAGAUGAUCUUUUAAUAAUUAAAUAAAACUCACCUGGAAGAAAACAUUAAAGCGUUUUAGUGAAGACGAACCGCUCAGAACUUGAAAAGGUUUAAGGAAAACAAUUUGGAUCAGACUUGUUAGAUCGGGGAACAAAAGAAGGAAAAGAAAGUCCUCAUUUCUCUCCCGGGGCUUCCCUACAGAUAGAUUUAGACGAGAUCAUCUUUAAUUGUCAAUGAUUUCACUAAUUUUAGACAUUGGUCAUCUCAGGAGAAAAACCUACGCUUUGCAUCAUAUAUAUAUAUAUUUUUUCUUUUGUGCAAAAAAAAAAAUAAUUUUGGUGGUGGGAUUUUUGAGCUACACUGCACGAAGUUUAUACACAGAAUUCAGGCGCUGCGAUAAAACGGCAAAGAGAAUCAAUGUAGAACACUAGGUAGGAAACGGAUAUAGAUCUGUGACCGUAGGAUGUCAACCGUAGGAUCCCCCCCCCUUCCACUAGCUGCGCUCUCUAUUUGUGCCUGUGGAAUUCUGUUACACUCAACAGAACAAAACCUUCAAAUAGUAAAGGGUAAUAUUUCAUUCACAUAUACAUAUAUAAAUAUAUCUAAUUUUACCUAAAUGCAUUUAUUCACAGAACACUGCCAAACUGGUAAUAUUUCAAUAACAUGGUGUAUUUUCUGUUUUAUAAAAUGUACUCUUCUCAUAAUCCUCGAUUGCGUAUUUGAUGCUUUGCGUGAAGACCGGCUGUCCGAAGGCAAAAAAGAAAAUUGUCCCACCGCCGCCGGGGUUGGUUAUCUGCGACAGCCCAUAAAAUGGCAACUUGUCACUUUUACGCUGCUUUUCUUGGUGCAUAUUACACAAACAAAGAUUGGUGGAUUUAAAAUAAACAAAUUGGAUUGAGCUACACUAAGCUAACAACGUCUGGCUGUAGCUUUAUAUUCACAAGAUAACAGCAAUAUUGAUUGUCUUAUCCAACAACAAGCAAGGGUCUGUACCAAAAUGUGAAACUACUCUUCAAAGAGCUUUUGUUGUGAAUAUUGAUGAAAGAUGGAUAGAAUACGAGUAAGGGUUCUUUAAGGAGCUUCACUUUGUCGCCGUGUUUCAGCAAUGGCUAAGGGGCCAUAUCCAGUUCUCAGUUCACGUCUUGUGUAUUAUAAUAAUACAAGACGUGAACUGAGUGUGUGUGUGUAUACGUGUGUGUGUGUGUGUGUGUGUGUAUGUAUACGUAUACAUUUGAUAACCUGGGACUUGUUUUCAUAUCUAUUUUUUUGGUGCCCAGCUUGAUACCAGGGUCCCAAUGGGGCCACCAAAACACGAGCCACUCGUCAGCCUCACGGUCUGCUGUGAAAAACUACUUUCAUUGUUCACUAAGAGCUCCAUUGGACCCAAAGCGGCAUUCAAGUGGAGGAACAAGACGAUGCUAAACUACACUUCAGAUAUUUGGGCCCCCAACCAUGACAUUAGGGACCUCAUUUGGGUCCUUGGUACUAUAACCAGACCACACUCGGUGCUUACUAUCAGUUACUGUACUGCUUUACUACUUUACACAUUGUCUCAGUGCUGCUCUUUUGUUUUGUUUUUGUGCCUUCUAACAUGUGUUUCAGUCUCUGCGCCAGGUGGCUGGAUAUCUUGUUGCUAUUUCAAUGUAAUGUCAUUUCAACAUCCAAAAGUUGGCCUUUGUAAACAAAUUAAAAUAUAUACUUGCUUUUUAAUGGAAAAAAACGCAUUAAUUAUACUCUAGCAUUAUACAAUAAAUUCAAAAUCCCUCAA